AUGCGUAUGAAAAUUACACAACAGAGUGGAUGGAAAAAUGACAUAAAAAAGUCUCAUGUAAUAAAUAUCUAUCGAGACUGUUUCGUUUGGUUCCUCUUCAUGAGAAAAGCAUCAUGUGGAACAAUACACAUGAGCACUAAAACUUUGAUAUUAUUUGUUGAAGGAGAAGGGAAAGGGAAGAAAGGAUUGAUGCGAAGACAAGCUCAAAAAGAUGGAAUGAGAUGUAGAAAGUGUUGGAAAUUUUUCAAGCUUCAGUACGAGGCGGCUGACAAAACAACUCAUAAAAACCAUUUAUCUAGUGCGUCGGCAACACAAAAGAACACUACAUCAUGUGAGAAGACACAAAAAUAA